AUGUGCGGCAUUGUUGGCGUCUUUCAUUUCGACGCGCGUCGACCGGUCGACGUGGAUCUGUUGGUUCGCCAAACCGACGCCAUUGCGCAUCGGGGCCCAGACGACGGCGGCGUUUACGCAGAAGCUGGGGUGGGCCUCGGGCAUCGUCGACUCUCCAUCAUCGACGUCGAUGGUGGUCAGCAACCGAUGUGGGAUCUCGAAGGUCGCAUCGGCGUGGUCUUUAACGGUGAGAUCUACAACUACCGCGAACUGAAGAAGCAGCUUGAAUCCAAGGGCCAUCAAUUCGUUACGAACUCAGACACCGAAGUCAUCCUCGGCGCGUACCGCGAAUGGGGUGCGGCGUGUGUCGAUCGGUUCGUCGGGAUGUUCGCGCUCGCGGUUCACGACCGUAAGUCACGCACACUGUUCUUGGCGCGCGACCGCCUCGGCAAGAAACCGCUCUACUACUAUCGGGACGGCGAGCGAAUCGUGUUCGCUUCCGAGAUGAAGGCAAUUCUCGUCGACCGGACGAUCUCGCGGUCACUCGAGCCGACCGCUGCGCUCGACUUCUAUGCGUACAAUUACGUUCCCGGGCCGCAGACGAUCCUCCAGCGUUUCUUCAAGCUCCCGGCCGGACACUCGAUGUUCAUCACCCGCGACGACGUUCGAGUCGCGCGAUAUUGGGACGUCGAUUUCUCCGGGCCAAUCGCAGAUGGGUCCGUCGAUCGUCACAGCGAGACGCUGCUCGAAGAGCUGGAGGACGCCGUUCGCCUUCGCCUUCGUUCCGACGUUCCGCUCGGCGCAUUUCUUAGCGGCGGAGUGGAUUCGAGUCUGAUCGUCGCACUGAUGUCACGGCAACUCGACACUCCGGUGAAGACCAACACCAUCGGAUUCUCCGAGGCGGGCUACGACGAACGAGGUUACGCCCAAGAGACCGCCGGACUCUACGAAACCGAUCACAGCGAACAUCUGAUCGAGGCCGACGCCGCCUCGAUCGUGGAAGACCUUUCGUGGUUCUACGACGAACCUUUUGGCGACUCGUCGGCCGUUCCGACCUAUUACCUGUGCGAGGCGACACGGAAGAAAGUCACCGUGGCGCUUUCCGGCGACGGUGGUGACGAAAACUUCGCGGGUUACCGACGUUACGUUUUCGCGAUGUACGAGGAUCAGGUGCGGCGGCGGGUGCCGUCUUCGCUGCGGCGAGGUUUGAUUUCACCGCUGGCGGCGCUUUAUCCGAAGGCCGAUUUUCUUCCGCGCCCGCUUCGCGCGAAAUCAACGCUGACCAAUCUCGCCGCGUCGCACGAGCGCGCGUACUUCUUGUCGCUCACGCAAAAAAGCUAUCCGCGAUAUCUGUCGGGUGACUUUCUCCGGGGUCUCGGCGGCUACGAUCCGUUUGGCCAUUUCGAGCGCCAUCUCGCGCGCGUCGACACGGACGAUCCGCUCGCCCGUCUGCAGUACGUCGACCUCAAGAUGUAUCUUUGUGACGACAUCUUGGUGAAGGUGGACCGCGCCUCGAUGGCGCACGCCCUCGAGGUUCGUGUGCCGUUGUUGGACCAUCGAGCGGUGCAGUUCGCGGCGACGCUUCCGCCCACGCAUAAGCUCGACGGACGCAACACGAAGGUCACGCUUAAGGCCGCCGCCCAACGCUUGUUACCGAAGCAGAUUUUGGAGCGAGAGAAGAAGGGAUUUACGAUUCCGUUACCGGAGUGGUUCCGUGGACCAUUACGGGCAUCGACGGAAGCGAUGUUUUUCGAUCGUGCCGGGGGCGAGAGUGGACUGCUCGACACGACCGGUCUUCGCCGCAUGUGCAUUGGGCGCGCCGGUACUUGUCGUCCGGCGAUGUGA